CGUCCCGCUCGCUGCCUUUGGAGAAGUUUUGCUCCAGCUCCACGUGUGGCAGCAGCUGGAGGCGAGAGGGGCGGUGACAGCAGGCCCGGAGCGCUCCCCAGCGCCCCUAGGCAGGUCUCGUCAGCCCAGGUGGCAAGAGAGCGGAGCCAGAGGCUGCAGCCGGAGGAGGGAGGCGAAGCCGGGAGCCUGGAGUGGCUCUGUCCCGUUGGUUCGCAGCGAUUCUCCCUGCCGGGGGUGCGCAGGGGGUGGUGGGGCUGUGGCGAGCAGCGGCUUCAGUCGUGCAGACUGUGACACCCCCCCCCCCCCCCAGGAGACUGGCCGGGCGGGGGCCGGCGGAUGGGUAGGACCGGGACCUGAGCUCAGAGACUCCGUUAGCGACUCGCCCUUGGCUGGGAGACGGGAUCUGUUCGCGUCGGGGCUUCCCCUCCUGUGGGGCUCGGCAGGAGCCGCCUGCGGAUGAUGCCCCCCUGAAGCAUCACCCUUAAGAGACCGGUGGGGGGGGGGGGGACACAACCCGAGCCCCCUCCCAGCUCCAGGGCAGUGACAAUGCGGCCCGGGGCAGCCCUGCGCCCCCCCGCUCGCUGCUGACUCCGGGGGCGGGGGGCAUGGCACCUGGCUGGGGGGCCGCCUAGCAUGGCCGGGGGGCCGGGCAGAUGCCUCGGGCUAGCAUGGCAGGGAACGGGCCGCCUGCCCCCGCCGCCUGCCCCGAGCCUCUGCCCCGCAGCGUCUUCAAGAAGUUCCUGCUUAUGCUCAUGUCCCUGCUCAUGUCCCUCUACGUCUUCUACUGCCUGGCCGAGCGCUGCCCCAGCUUGCCCGGGCCCCUGCUGGCGGCCGCCCCGGAGCAGGCGGCGGGCGGCGGCGGGCGGCUGGAGCCCGGGUCCCCCUCGCUGGCCAGCUGGCCGCCGGCUGCCCGGAGGAAGCGGCCGAAGCAGCAGCGGCGGCGGCCCGACGCGCCCGGGCGAGGCGCGGGGUCGGGCGGCGGCGGGGAGCCCCCGGGCACGCUGGCCCUGCUGCUGGGCGAGGGCAGCAAGCGGCUGCCGCAGGCCAUCAUCGUGGGCGUGAAGAAGGGCGGCACGCGGGCGCUGCUGGAGUUCCUGCGGGUGCACCCCGACGUGCGGGCCGCGGGGGCCGAGCCCCACUUCUUCGACCGCGGCUACGAGCGGGGCUUCGGCUGGUACAGGGAGCUGAUGCCCAGAACCCUCGAUGGGCAGAUCACCAUGGAGAAAACUCCCAGCUACUUUGUCACCAAGGAAGCACCUGCUCGAAUCUCCGCCAUGUCAAAGGGCACCAAGCUCAUCGUGGUGGUGCGGGAUCCUGUGACCCGAGCCAUCUCCGAUUACACGCAGACUCUCUCGAAGAAGCCCGAUAUCCCCACCUUUGAGAGCCUGACCUUCAAAAACAGGACUACAGGCCUGAUCGACACCUCGUGGAGCGCCAUCCAGAUCGGCAUCUACGCCAAGCACCUGGAGAACUGGCUCCUCUACUUCCCCAUUGGGCAGAUCCUCUUCGUCAGCGGGGAGAGGCUGAUCAGCGACCCCGCUGGGGAGCUGGGCAGGGUCCAGGACUUUCUGGGCCUUAAGAGGAUCAUCACGGACAAACACUUCUACUUCAACAAAACCAAGGGCUUCCCCUGCCUGAAGAAAGCUGAAGGCAGCAGCAAACCCCACUGCCUGGGGAAAACGAAAGGCAGGACCCACCCCAAUAUAGACAGAGAGGUGGUGCAGAGACUGCGGGAGUUCUACAGGCCUUUCAACAUGAAGUUCUACCAGAUGACUGGGCACGACUUCGGCUGGGACUGAGGCUGAAAAAAAGAAUAAUUUAAGAAAAGAAAAAAUAUAAUAUAAUAUAAUAUAUAUAUAUAUUUUUUACAUAUCAGUAGAGAGGAAAUGUAAGAGGUGUGCUGAAAACGCUCUCCAUUCCGUUCGUUCUUUUUGACAAGAUGUCACUGCUUGGUUUGUUUUCUUUCCUCUAUUAGCAGCGGGUUGGUGUCUGCUGCCAUGGUCGAGGCAAGGUGUCUGUGGGCCAAAGCUUGGUGCUAUUGAAGUCAAGAGGGCUCUGGCCCUUUAUGUCAGUGGUUUCAGGAUUUGACACUGUCUAUAUAAAAGUCCAGGAACAACAUUUUCAGAUUUGCCUAAGUGACUUAGGAACCCAAGAUCCAUUUUUCAAAAGCGACAUAGGCACUUAGAAGAGCCUAACUGUCAUUGAAAAUCAAUAGGAUUUAGGCUUCUAAGGCCCAGAUUUUAAAAGGUAUUUAGGUGUUGCUGUGCUCAGCCUUGCAAUGUCUAACUGAUUUAGGCACCUAAAUUUCAUCAUUAAGAUUGAGG